UGUGAAAUUCAACUCUAUGAAAUGUCUACUUAGUUGUGCAUAGGAAACUGCGAAGCAUGUUGAAUUAAAACAAAAUAGGUGGUUUUAAAGUUUUUAAAGUCUUUAUAUAUAUUUUUGAGCUUAACAUGAGAAAUGUCGAUUAAAAAUAUAAAUGUUAUAAGUUGUAUUUGUGAACUGGAUGUUGCAGUAGCUUAGAAAUUGCGUGUUUCUUACCAUGCUUUCGUUCAACAACAUGGUAAGUAAUAACUGUCCAUAUUGACGUUAAAGCGUGUUUAAAUCGCUUUUGUUGCUGUAAAAGUGAGAAUAGUGUUAGUGUUGAAGAGUAAUAAUGUCUUCUGAACCAUCACAAACAUCAAAAGAACUUUUAGCACUUAGUGACAAGUCUGGUAAUAGCGACAUGGCUGGAGCAUCCUAUGCUAAUGCCGUUCUUAAUUUCAAACAAACGACUAAGGAGAUUAAUGAGGAGUUAGUUUCCGAAAUGACUGCAGUAAGUAAAGAGAAGAAAGCUGAAGUACCACCUUCAGUUGACAUUGAAGAUAGUUCUUUUAUACCUGUAGUCAGUCAUAGUAGAAAAGAAAGGAAAAAUGAAAGACCCAAGAAAGAAAAACAUAAACAGCACAUUAGUGCUGAUAGAAAUGAUAGAAACCAAGAUAAACAUUUCGAAAAACAUCAAUCGAAACAUGAACCUCAAUUAAAGGAGCAAGCUGAAGCUAAGGAUGAGAAUGUUACUAAUUCGAAGAAAAAGUUUGUUGAAGCUCCUCUACCCCAAGUUAAUUAUUGGGCAAUGAAAAAGGCAGUUGUGGAUGUGUAUGGUGAGCCGAACUCGAUUUCUCCGCAAGGUACUUCUGAAUCUUGUCCUCCCCAACCUACAGUUACUGCCAAAAUUAUAGAAAGGAAAAAAGAUAAGGCUAGUGAAUUUACUACAAAUACUGCUGAUUGGCCUACCCUAGGGAAUCAUGGUGAGGCACGCAGAUCAAGUUCACCUUCAAAUGGUGUUCUAAGAGAAAAACCUUUAAAUGAGGACAAUGAAGAUAAGAGAAAAAACAAUAAGCACAAGUGGGUUCCCAUGGUGGUAGAUACGAGCAAAUCUAGAAAUGACAGAUCGUCUUCAAGAAAAGACAGAGGUGAUGAACACUCAACAGCAAGCGAAGGAGAACGCGAAUGUAGAAAUGAAAGAGGAAAUGGAGAUAGACGUAGAGCCGGACCUAAUGCUUCGAGAGGUAGAGCUAGGAAUCGUAAUGGAAGAAAACCUCCUUUCCGUAAUAAUAAGCACAAUAAUGAUUCGGAGUAUACAGAUUACCCAGCUAAUUUCUCGGAGAUCAUUAAGUAUAACUCUAUACCUGCUGCAACUCCAAGUUACAUGGUACCAUAUAUGGGAACAUGCUUUUUCAACUCUAAUGGAAAAGCAGAUGUAGCUAGCGUCAAAGAAUGUAUAACUAAACAAAUAGAAUAUUACCUGAGUGAAGAGAAUCUUGAUAGAGAUUUCUUCUUAAGGCGAAAGAUGGACCCUGACGGUUACCUUCCUAUACCGUUAAUUGCCUCGUUUCAACGUAUACAGGCCCUAACUAGUGAUUAUGAUGUUAUUAUGUCGGCCAUAAUGGAUUCUGAUAAAUUGGAAUUGGGUUUAGAUAUGAGGGUCCGUACCAAGCAUGACCCGAAAAAAUGGCCCAUAAUAGACAAAAAUGGAGAAAGCAUAGAGGAUCGACUUUUACCUCCACCUCCAAUUCCAAUGAAAUUAAGGGAACAAAACAUAGAGAACUUGAAUCCAAAUGUAGCUGAAUUCAUCCCCUCUGAUAUUUCCGGAAGAGCUGCUCCUACCAACAACAAACAUAAUAACAAGGAGAACAAUGUGAUAAAUCAUGAACAAUCUGAUGGUGUUGAGUUGCCUAAAAAUGGUGAAGAUUAUGAAGCUUGGAAAGAAGUGAAAAGGAAAAACAAAGAGAAUAACCCAAAAGAGAAAAAAGCUUCGAAACCCAAGCUGCGGCAUGAGGAAGAUUACGGCUUCAUGUUUUUAGAGGAUAUAGAUUUUGAUGAUGAUGUCCCAGCUGUUAGGCAGAAUACGUUUUCCGAAAGCUGGGCGGAUGAUGAUGAUGAUGACGAUGAGAUCAGUGAUCGUGAUAUCAACAAGCUCCUCAUAUUUAAACAGAACCCAAUCACAAUGAACCCAUCUAGGCUUCCCAAACACGAAGGAUAUGAUAGGACAGGAGAUUUUACAACAAGGGUUAAAAUGACUCAAGAACUUGUUCAAGUGAUUAAUGAUGGACUUCGCUUUUAUGAGGAGGAUCUUAGGAGUAGACAGAGGACGUCAUCAGUUGGCAGCUAUAAGACGGUGAAUGUCAUUUCUCAAGAGGCUUUCGAAAAGAUGGUUCCUGCUGCUCAUAAAAAACCACAUAGCCAGCCACCUCCACCAUUGAAUAUUGAGAAGAAUACUGACAAUCAUCGUAAUACAGGUGAUCAACCGAAUGAAUCCCACCCAACCACUUCUAGUACUUCUGGGACAACCAAAGGAAAGGCUAAUGUCAAAAAUGUGCCACGCUUUUUCCCUGUUAUUAAAAAUGAAUCUGAUCCAGAUCCUCAUACUCCUCGCAAACGCAAGACAAGGCAUUCCAGUAAUCCACCUGUAGAGCAUCAUGUUGGCUGGGUUAUGGAUGUUAAAGAACAUCGUAACAGAACUACAUCAGUAGGAAGUCCCAGCGAACACGCUUCUGCAAGUGGUAGUGAAUUGCCUAAAUUCCAGCAUCCCUCUUAUUCGCUCAUGGAUACGCAAUUUUCUCAAGUCGCAUAUAAUAAGUACCGCAAUAAGUGUAUAAAGGAACGUAAAAAGUUCGGUAUAGGUAAAUCUCAAGAAAUGAACACCCUUUUCCGUUUCUGGUCAUUCUUUCUCAGGGAAAAAUUCAAUAAAAGUAUGUAUAACGAAUUCAAGGAUCUAGCAUUAGAAGAUGCCGAAUAUGGAUGUAGGUAUGGAUUAGAAUGCCUAUUUAGAUUUUACUCUUAUGGUUUAGAGAAAAAAUUCAGACCACACUUGUACGAAGAUUUCCAAAAUCAAACAUUAAAAGAUUUGGAAAACAACCAGUUGUAUGGUCUAGAGAAAUUUUGGGCAUUUUUAAAGUACUAUAAACAUAGCAAAGAUCUACAAGUUGAUCCAAUCCUGAAGAACUAUUUGAAGAACUAUAAAGUUGUUGAAGAUUUCAGAGUAGUAGAGCCACGCAUAAAUGAGUUGAGAAAAAGAAGGAACCGUAGUUACUCUGAAACUAUGCCCACAUCUGAUGAAGUACCGCCUCUUCGUCAAUUUAAUUACACAAGACGAGAUAAUUUGCAACGUUCUGCACCUGGCACUAGUGCGCCUAAUCCUUCUGCAUCUUCUUCAUUUCAACAUUACAGGAGACGCACUGAAUCUACAGGUUCCGGAAGGGCUAGGUUCUCAACUGUUCGCGCACAGAAAUGAAGUAGCGAAUAUUUCUGUCUAUUCCUCCAUAUUUAAGAACAAUAAAAUAUAAAGCAAUCAUUCAACUACUAUGUUGAAACGAAAACUUUCUGGUAAAUAAAAAAGUUCAAUGUAUGUAUAGUUGAUUUAAAGUAAUAUUCGGCCUUAGUUGAAUUAGUUUGUAUAAAAUGUUUUCCAUAAUUCGCAAAUAUAAAGAAGAAAAAAAAAUUUAUAAUUCUGUGCCAUCAGUUACUGGCAUGUAUAAUUGAUAUUUUUCUAUAAGACUAUUGAGUAAUAAAAUUUCAACUAGCACGUGAAAUUGUGUAGACUUACAAUAUUAUUUAAGACAUGUUAAGGGCUCCAAAUGAUCUUGGUAAUUCAUUGUUUUGUUCAUUUUAAAAAAUCUUGUCUAGUACUGUAUGUAAAAUUUUUGCUCAUUUGCUUUCAUACUUAUGAAGUGUAAUGCUUUCACUACUUAUUUAGUUUUGUAUUGUAAUUAAUUCGAUUAGUAGUGUAGUUGUGUUACAUAAAAUUAUUUGGGCGAAACUAAAAAAAAAAUCGUGUGAAGUAUCAUCCACUAAGUACAAUAACGAUUAAAAAAAUAUUCAAAUGUUAUUUUAAAACAAAAAAAAUGUUCUUAUAUAUAUAAGCUCGUGAUAGGAUGUGAAGCAAUAUGCUGUCUAUGUCAGAAAUGAUCUCAUUUUUUGUUUUUUACUCCGUUAAUGCUCGAUUUGCUCCCAUAACAGUUCUUGGGGAUUUAAAUAGGUAAAAUUUCGCAUGUGCCUUCCCUUUCACCCAAUCCAAAUCACUACGUUUUAAUACAAAAAAUGAGAUUGCGUUUUCCUCUAUAGUUAUCACUUUUCAAUUGACCUGAACUAUUAUUGACCAUAAAUUUUAAAUUUUUGUAUUUCUUUUUGGCCACUAAUUAUUGACUCUUUUCACAGCAAUACUUAUCCCGAUUUUGCUUCAUAUUUUAAUUUAAGAUUGGUUAUUUGAUAUAAUGAAGAUAAUGUGUUGUUGAUUAUUUUGUUCUGUUGUUUAAUAACUAUGAAGUUAAAUUUUACCAUAUUUAGAAAUAAGCAGCACCAUUCAUUUUUGUUUCAAAAAUAUGGUCAGUAAAUUGUCUUCCAUUGACACCAAAAAAAGAAUAAAAAGUCUGAAACCACUA